UAGUGGCGGCGGCGGCGGCGGCGGCGGCGGCGGUGGCAGUGGCAGUGGCAGUUCGCGGCAAGGGUGACGGCUCUGAGGCCGAGUGGCGGUACGGCGGAGACCUGGGUGCCUUCCUCCGUGUAAUCCCGGUGGAUUUUAUUGGACAGAGUUGGUUACACAUUACUCUAGGAUUCUGCAAGUGAUCAGCCUUUGUACCUUCUCCACAUCUGAAGAUGGUGAAGCUGGAUAUUCAUACUUUGGCCCAUCACCUUAAGCAGGAACGCUUAUAUGUGAACUCUGAGAAACAGCUCAUUCAGAGGCUCAAUGCAGAUGUACUUAAGACAGCUGAAAAGUUGUAUCGUACAGCAUGGAUUGCUAAGCAACAGAGAAUUAAUUUGGAUCGGCUUAUCAUAACCAGUGCUGAAGCUUCCCCUGCUGAAUGUUGCCAACAUGCCAAGAUUUUGGAAGAUACACAGUUUGUUGAUGGAUAUAAGCAACUGGGAUUUCAGGAGACUGCUUAUGGAGAGUUCUUGAGUCGGUUAAGGGAGAAUCCUCGUCUUAUUGCCUCCUCUUUGGUUGCUGGGGAGAAACUUAAUCAGGAGAACACACAAAGUGUUAUUUACACAGUUUUUACCUCCCUCUAUGGCAACUGCAUUAUGCAAGAAGAUGAAAGCUACCUCCUUCAGGUUUUGAGAUACUUGAUUGAAUUUGAACUUAAAGAAAGUGACAACCCCAGGCGACUUUUGAGGAGGGGAACUUGUGCCUUCAGCAUCUUAUUUAAACUUUUUUCUGAAGGACUGUUUUCUGCCAAACUUUUCCUCACAGCUACUUUACAUGAGCCAAUCAUGCAGCUGCUUGUUGAAGAUGAAGAUCACCUGGAAACAGAUCCAAACAAGCUAAUUGAUAGGUUCUCCCCAUUACAACAGGAAAAACUCUUUGGAGAGAAAGGCUCAGAUAGAUUCAAGCAAAAGGUUCAAGAGAUGGUGGAUUCCAAUGAGGCCAAACUGGUGGCUCUGGUGAACAAGUUUAUUGGUUAUCUCAAACAGAACACAUACUGCUUUCCACAUAGUUUGAGGUGGAUUGUGUCACAGAUGUACAAAACCCUCUCCUGUGUAGAUAGACUGGAAGUUGGGGAGGUCAGGGCAAUGUGUACAGAUCUCCUGUUGGCCUGCUUCAUUUGUCCUGCAGUUGUCAAUCCAGAACAGUAUGGAAUAAUUUCUGAUGCUCCUAUUAAUGAGGUGGCAAGAUUUAAUCUGAUGCAGGUUGGCCGCCUUUUACAGCAAUUGGCAAUGACCGGCUCUGAAGAGGGAGAUCCCCGGACAAAGAGCAGCCUUGGAAAAUUUGACAAAAGCUGUGUUGCUGCUUUUCUUGAUGUUGUGAUUGGGGGCCGUGCAGUGGAGACCCCUCCAAUGUCCUCCGUUAAUCUUCUGGAAGGAUUGAGCAGAACUGUGGUUUAUAUAACCUAUAGUCAGCUUAUUACUCUGGUGAAUUUUAUGAAGAGUGUGAUGUCUGGAGAUCAACUGAGAGAAGAUAGGAUGGCUCUUGACAAUUUAUUGGCAAACCUGCCCCAGGCAAAGCCAGGAAAAAGCAGCAGUUUGGAAAUGACUCCCUAUAAUACUCCUCAGCUGUCUCCAGCAACCACUCCAGCAAAUAAAAAGAAUCGAUUGCCUAUAGCAACUCGAAGUAGAAGCCGCACCAAUGUGCUAAUGGACUUACAUAUGGACCAUGAAGGGUCAUCUCAAGAAACCAUCCAGGAAGUACAGCCAGAAGAGGUGUUGGUCAUUUCCUUAGGGACAGGUCCCCAACUCACUCCAGGGAUGAUGUCGGAAAAUGAGGUCCUAAACAUGCAACUUUCAGAUGGAGGACAAGGAGAUGUCCCUGUCGAUGAAAACAAACUCCACGGUAAACCUGAUAAAACCUUGCGCUUUUCCCUCUGCAGUGAUAAUCUGGAAGGAAUAUCUGAAGGUCCAUCAAAUCGCUCCAAUUCAGUAUCCUCUCUAGACUUGGAAGGAGAGUCUGUAUCAGAACUUGGAGCAGGACCUUCUGGGAGUAAUGGAGUUGAAGCUCUACAGUUAUUAGAGCAUGAGCAAGCUACAACACAAGAUAAUCUUGAUGAUAAGUUAAGGAAGUUUGAAAUACGUGACAUGAUGGGACUGACAGAUGACAGAGAUAUAUCAGAAACAGUGAGUGAGACCUGGAGUACAGAUGUCUUGGGAAGUGAUUUCGACCCUAACAUUGAUGAAGAUCGCUUACAAGAAAUUGCAGGUGCAGCAGCAGAGAACAUGUUAGGCAGUUUACUGUGCCUGCCAGGUUCAGGGUCAGUGCUUCUUGACCCCUGCACUGGUUCUACCAUAUCAGAGACAACAAGCGAAGCUUGGAGUGUAGAGGUAUUGCCAAGUGACUCAGAGGCCCCGGAUCUAAAGCAGGAGGAGCGUCUACAAGAGCUGGAGAGCUGUUCUGGACUAGGUAGCACAUCUGAUGAUACGGAUGUCAGGGAGGUCAGUUCCCGCCCCAGCACACCAGGCCUCAGUGUUGUGUCGGGCAUUAGUGCAACCUCUGAGGAUAUUCCCAAUAAGAUUGAAGACCUGAGAUCUGAAUGCAGCUCUGAUUUUGGGGGUAAAGAUUCUGUCACUAGUCCAGACAUGGAUGAAGUAACUCAUGGCGCCCACCAGCUGACCUCUCCUCCUUCUCAGUCAGAGUCUCUACUUGCCAUGUUUGAUCCACUGUCUUCACAUGAAGGGGCUUCUGCCGUGGUAAGGCCAAAGGUUCACUAUGCCAGGCCAUCGCAUCCACCACCAGAUCCCCCAAUCCUGGAAGGAGCUGUGGGAGGAAAUGAGGCCAGGUUGCCAAACUUUGGUUCCCAUGUUUUGACUCCAGCUGAAAUGGAGGCAUUCAAGCAAAGGCAUUCUUACCCUGAGAGAUUAGUUCGCAGCAGGAGCUCUGAUAUAGUAUCAUCUGUCCGGCGACCUAUGAGUGACCCCAGCUGGAACCGUCGUCCAGGGAAUGAAGAGCGAGAACUCCCUCCAGCUGCAGCCAUUGGUGCUACUUCUUUGGUGGCUGCACCUCAUUCAUCAUCUUCCUCCCCGAGUAAGGACUCCUCAAGAGGAGAGACUGAAGAACGCAAAGAUAGCGAUGAUGAGAAAUCAGACAGGAACAGACCUUGGUGGAGAAAACGUUUUGUUUCUGCCAUGCCUAAAGCUCCUAUACCAUUUAGAAAGAAAGAAAAACAAGAAAAAGACAAAGAUGAUGUGGGGCCUGACAGAUUCUCAACACUCACAGAUGAUCCCAGCCCUAGACUCAGUGCACAAGCUCAGGUCGCUGAGGAUAUUCUGGACAAAUACAGGAAUGCCAUUAAGCGAACCAGCCCCAGUGAAGGAGCAAUGGCAAACUAUGAAAGUACAGAGGUCAUGGGUGAUGGUGAGAGUGCACAUGACUCUCCUCGAGAGGAAACGCUGCAGAAUAUCUCGGCUGAUGAUCUCCCGGACUCUGCGAGCCAGGCGGCCCACCCUCAGGAUUCUGCUUUCUCGUACAGAGAUGCAAAAAAGAAACUGAGGCUUGCUCUUUGCUCUGCGGAUUCUGUUGCUUUCCCAGUGCUAACCCAUUCAACAAGGAACGGUUUACCGGACCAUACAGACCCAGAGGACAAUGAAAUUGUAUGCUUCUUAAAAGUUCAAAUAGCUGAAGCAAUUAAUUUACAAGAUAAGAACUUAAUGGCUCAACUUCAAGAAACAAUGCGUUGUGUGUGCCGCUUUGAUAACAGAACUUGCAGGAAACUGCUGGCCUCUAUUGCCGAGGACUACAGGAAAAGGGCACCCUAUAUUGCUUAUCUCACUCGCUGCCGGCAAGGGCUGCAGACCACGCAGGCCCACCUGGAGAGGCUACUGCAGAGGGUGUUGCGGGACAAAGAGGUGGCCAAUCGAUACUUCACCACUGUCUGUGUGAGGUUGCUGCUUGAGAGCAAAGAAAAGAAGAUCCGGGAAUUCAUUCACGACUUUCAGCAACUCACAGCAGCUGAUGAUAAAACUGCUCAGGUAGAAGAUUUUCUGCAGUUCCUUUAUGGUGCGAUGGCCCAGGAUGUCAUAUGGCAGAAUGCGAGUGAAGAGCAGCUUCAGGACGCUCAGCUGGCCAUCGAACGCAGUGUGAUGAAUCGGAUUUUCAAGCUUGCUUUCUACCCUAACCAGGAUGGGGACAUACUUCGUGACCAGGUUCUUCAUGAACAUAUUCAGAGAUUGUCUAAAGUAGUGACUGCAAAUCACAGAGCUCUUCAGAUACCAGAGGUUUAUCUUCGGGAGGCCCCAUGGCCAUCUGCACAGUCGGAAAUCAGGACAAUAAGUGCUUACAAGACCCCCCGCGACAAAGUGCAGUGCAUUCUGCGAAUGUGCUCCACCAUCAUGAACCUCCUGAGCCUAGCCAAUGAGGACUCCGUCCCUGGAGCAGAUGACUUUGUCCCUGUUUUGGUAUUUGUGUUGAUAAAGGCAAAUCCGCCCUGCUUGCUGUCCACUGUCCAGUAUAUCAGUAGCUUUUAUGCCAGCUGUCUGUCUGGGGAGGAAUCCUAUUGGUGGAUGCAGUUCACAGCGGCAGUGGAGUUCAUUAAAACUAUCGACGACCGAAAGUGACCAAGACCAAGGCCCACCAAGGCCGCAAACUGUUAGGCGGGCAAACAGAUCUCUUAGAAAAUGUACCAGCUGCUUGGAAGGCUGAAGAUUGUUUUUGUAUCAUAUUGUACAGUAUUCAGACAUUUUAAAACAGAUCUUUACUAAACAGAUUAAUGAGCUAACAAGCAGGUUCUCUUUUCUUUGGGUUCUUUUCCUUUCUGUUGCGUAUUUGGUUAUUUUCUUGUCCCAAGUAGAGAAUUAGUACUGCAAAAAGGGACCACAUUUUUCAGGUAUUUUGAAAUAUUAAAAAACAGAACAAAAUCUAGAAAACUCCUAGAUCUCCAUUCAUGGAUACCCAUUCUUUCCUUUUAUUUAAAAAAAUAAAAAGAACAGUACACCUCUUUUUAGAUGCUGUCUAAUCUUACAUGCAUCUAAUGGAAGGAGAAUACCAGUUGCACUGAGAAUUAUAAUGGUGGUGACAUUAGUGGCAUUAUCUAUAAAUAUACUCACCUAGAUUGAAAAGCUAAGAAGGAAAUGUAAAUAUAAUAUAUAUUUAUAUUUGAUGUAAUAUGGACAUCUUCAGAUUCUAAUAAACAAGGAAUAUUGCUGAUAGUAGGUUGUGACGUACCCUCUUGUGAAAUGGUUUCCUGGACAAAGUUUAAGCUGAGCUUAAAAGCAACAAACAAAUACACAGAAAUAUUAAUUAAAGUGGAAAACAGUUUCCUGAACUUUCUAGGUGUGGAGUUUGAUGCACAAGGCUGCCUUUGAUGAGGGGUAUAACCAUCACUUAGACAUUCCUCACCACGGACGUCUUUGAGCCUGCAGGAGGAAGGAGGUAGACCCUUUAAUCGCCAUGCAUUGUGUACAAAGGAACAGUAGACACCUGAUACGUUACUGUGGUACUUCUUAUCUGAAAUACUGAAUACAGUGUAGAAACCCCAAACAGAACUCCUUUCAAACCUUUGAUUGUAAUAUAUUUUUGAUGAUUAUUCACAUUGAAUGACAGACCAGGAAUUCAGUGAAUGUCAUUUUUUUUAAAAACUAAUUUGUAUUGUCUGCUCUAGUGAUACAAGUUUUACUAGUGAUAAACUAUUUUAAUCAACCAUAUUAUUCUUAUGGAAAAAAAAUAUUUUGGCAGGUUUCUGUGCCUUUAUUUCCCUCUUCUGAACAAAAGUCUAUGUUUCAGUAUUUUGGUUUGAUUGUAUAUUGAUAAUCAGGAGUGGGUUUUGGUGUCUGAGAAAUUGGCCAAGGAGGCACACCAAAGCUUCAAGCACAAGUCUUGUACAUAAGUCAUGACUGACUGGUUUCACUUUGUAUGUUUCCUAAACAUGGUGAGCUGCUUUUAUAACACACCCGGUCCCAUACUUUGAGUCCCUUGUUGCGGGCAGCAUUUCUAGGCAUUUUUAAGGGAACUGUGACAAACAACCUUGAGCAGAUGAAUACAGAGGCUGUCUUCUUCUCUCCAAGACCUCUGUGUUUAAUUGUGCCUAAAGAGGCCGGAUUUUCUUUAUGCCUCCACCUCUUCUCAUUCAUUUAUUUUAAAAUACCAAAAUAACAAGUUGCAUAGGAGUGUGGGAUGUGGUUUCUGUCUUUUAGGGAGAGAUCAGAAUUAAACUAGUACUACAAAAUGUCCUUGGAAUGUUAGGUCAAGCAAUCUGUGGAGUCCUGCACUUCAUGGGUUGUAACUGUCAAACUUGCCUAGGUAUUUAGAUUGUCAAAUCCUAUCCUAAACACUUUACAGAGACUUAACAGUCUGACACGGUUUCUAAGACCCGAGGGGGAGUCCAUUUACUUCAGCAUUUGAUUCAAUAAAUGUUAAGUCAGUAGAAGACUUGGAAUAGUUGGAAUGCAUUAUUACGGGACUUCAUAGAGAUUUUUUUUCUCCAAAUGGUGUUACAUCUCUGCUGUGUUAUCACUGUGGAAAUAGAUGAGAAGCUGUGGACGUGGCACAGGGCUCUUUCCUGGGGAGGAGAAGGUGGUGAGUUGGGGGAUUUCGGGCUGCGCUGGAGGCAGGAGGUAAGAGCUGAGCGGCGCUAGAGCCAGUGGUGAGGGUAGAAGCCCACAGACCUGGCACCAGACGACACCGGAGAUUGGCAGGGGCUUGAGUCUCGCCUCAGGUGCUGGCAGGGCAGCGCAGCCCCGCUGUUUAAGGAGCAGCGAAGUUUCCCGCUGGAAACCCGGUUAGGAGCACGGACAAACCAGCAUUCACUGUUGCCGGUUUCAUGUGGCAUCAUGACUCAUUACGGUGCUGAUCUCUGAAUAGAGGAAUUGGUAACACAUGGCCAUGGUAGGGCGUGAGACAGCCAGCGAUUGGAUUUCGCUCCUUCAGGAAGGAGGAAUAGUUGUUCCUCGGUUCUUACCACACUUCCUCCCAGUACCUGUUUUGUAUGAAGGAUUAGUGCAAAAGUGUAAAAUCACCCACAGGAGACAUUCAGUAGCCACUGAUUCUUACAUGGAAUUUGCAACGAUAAUGUUAAAUGGAGAGAGAGUGGCUCAGUUCACUGAAAUCUUAUGCAGUUAACUUCUCUAAUGAGAAAUGAGUUUGUAUUUUGUAUUAAUAUUCUGCUUCUGGAGACAGGAGUACAGAUUGAAGAUUGUGUUUCCUUGUGAAAUUAUUUUUUAUUAAAACCUGGUAAAUAUUUUGUUUACUUUCUCUACUUUAGUUCACAUCUCAGCCACAGUAAUUGCUUUUUUCUGAUUUUUCUUUUAAAAACCUGCUGAUGAAAGCCUUUUUUUUAAUACAGAUAUUAAAUCGCUGUAGUAAGAGAAUUAGGCUUUGUGAGGGAUUGAAAAUAGACGUGUUGCAUGGUUUUUCUUUUCCUGUUGUGUCCUGGAAGCCUUUGUCUAACACGGACUUUCAGUAUACGUGUUGCUGAGGUGCAUGAGCAAGAGAACAGAAACCGGGCCCAGACAGUGGCCAGGCUGUGCUGAGACCCUGUAGCCGACUGCGCGUGCCCAUCCAGCACCUCUGUCGAGUCACCUGCCAUAGGGAUUCCAAUUUGGGCCGAGUAAAGGUCAACUACAUAAUUAAAAUGGGGGAGACUAAACUUAAAAGAUUCCUUUCUCUGAUGUGACUGGGUUGUGGAAAGGGGAAGUUGGACCACACUUGCUCAAAAUUAUUAGUGGAUUACAUAGAAGUGAUAGAAAUGUAGUGGGGUUAGCUUCCUCCAUGUGUGUCUUAGACUUUCUCUUCCUGCGUCUCCAUUCUCGCUUUAUUUCUUUAAGGAGAAGUCUGUAUUUGUUGUCUUUUUAGUUCUUUUAAGUCUAGUGGAUGUAUUCUGUAUGCGAUUGCCAUCAUUGGGGGGCGGAUCAGAAACAAUCUUGUUGAAGCUCAAAGAAUUUUUAGUAGGUUAACAGUGAUGAGACAUUUGAAAUAUUUUGAAUGCCAAAAUGCUUGAGAACUUUGCCCGAUUAAUACUUAAUAUAUUUUAGAAUGUAGGUUACCCAAGAAGUAGGAUGACCAGAAAUAGCUUUAUUCCUCCUGAGAACACUCGGAGAAAGGAAAACAUAGUUUGCUUCAGUGUCAUGGUUGGUGUGGAGUCACCGUGGAGCUGGUGUGUCCCACAGGCCUGCGCUCAGCAAAGGUUAAGUUCAAGAGGGAGGAAGUCCUCUCUACCGGGUUUUGGCAGAUAGUGUGGGCAGCGGCCACACGCCUUAAGAAUUCACCUCUGCUGAGCUGAUACUCUGUCUUGUUUACCGUAUUCUUGUGCUUCACCUGUAUUACAAAGCGUUGUACUGCCUCUCCUCUUGAAACUGAUAAAACCUUCUCUAAGCCUCAGUUAAUGAGCUUGCACAAUCUUGUAUAUGUACAGGAAACUCCUCCUGUCUUCUAAUGUGAUGACUAAUGUAUCAUUCUGUAAAGCUGAUUAAAAAGGGAGAGCAGUUGAAUUCACUGGAUUUUAUGUUUCCAUCAUCUAUUUUAUAUGCAGAAGCAGUUCUGAAGGUUUCUUUGACUUCAAAUAUUACUAAUUUCUCCAUGAAUUCACACUUGUCUUUUUUGCCUGAAUGUCUAAGGAUAUUUGUUAAGUGUGGUUCGGGAAGGAAUGAGCAUGAACUCGCGGUUACUAAGGCGAUGGUGAACAUUUACUGGUUCCACACAGUUUCUAUCUGACUCUUGUAUUUGGUAGCUACUCAUCAGCCUUAGUUCUGCGAACAGAAGUCCCCAUCACGGUAUUCACUGAAGCCUUUAUUAAUCUUUUCAGCUGAGGGGAGGUGCUAUCAGACAAGGAGCCCUUGUCACAAGCUCACUCUGCAGGCUUCCCUCACUGGUGGAAAGGUGCUUUCCCUAUAUUGAUUGCACUUCAUUUAGAAGGAAACAUUAAAAAUUUUGAUUAGGGCUUCAUUUUCAUUCAGUCUGUUCAAUAUUAAAGUCAAUGCUAUCACUUGCCUAAAACUGAAAAUAGAAUCCAACUUUUCUUGCCAACUUGGCAUUACCUAUGUGCUUGGACUCCUGUUAACAUUUUACCCACUCAACCCCUGUCUCCCAGUGAGUGGCUCCGUAGCCUUUCCCGAAGGAUGUUGAGCUGUGUCACUGUUGAGCUAGGCCUCCCUGUAGUGCUGCCUGUAAGAUGUGUCACGAUCCUGAGAAGCGAGAUCAUUUCUCAGAAGUGCUUCUUGGCUAUAAAUGUGUCCUCUGCCUAGAGAUGUAAGGAUUCAUUAAAGAGCUUUUGCUUCAGUCAUUUCAUUCCAGAAGAAUCCUUUUCCAUCUUCUUGGGGUACCAAAAUGCAGUACAUAGACUUUAAAAAAAAAAUUGACCAAAGAGACCAGAAAAAUCUCUGGCUGUGGGGAUCCUGAAAACAUCUUCCACAUGUGGGAAUAGCUCUCAGUUCCAAGUCAUUGAACUUGUUGUAGAUGCCGAACAUGAAAACCACAGUAGACUUAUUUCUGUUAACUAGGAAUUCAGCAUAUUGCUGGCCAAAACCAUUAAAUUUUAUGUUCCUGUGAAAA